AUGGUUGAGCAACCAAGUAUUCAAUGUGCAGACACAGAUGGCAACGGACCAGCAAAACGUCGUCGAAGGCCCGCACUAUCUUGCGUCGAGUGUCGUAUGCGCAAGGUAAAAUGCGAUCGAGAGAAGCCUUGUGGAGCAUGCACCAGAAUCAAAUCGGCGACCUGCACUUUUAGACCUACGCGCCCGGGAAUUCGGUCAGAAAGGAGCGAAAGGUCACCCGAAGAUGAUACCUCGACAGGCCACAGCAACGACCAGGACCAAGGACAUCCGGCUCGGUCUUCUCCUCAGCCGCCCACAAUGUCCAAUAACUUUGACGCGAUGAUCAAUCGCUACGUGGCACCUGGGCUUCUCGGAGAACGUGGUGGCAAACUGAAGCCUUUGCCUGCCGAUAGACCGCCUUUCAACUUGAACUCACACCCAGAUACUACACAAGCCUCCGUCAUCAGCAGCUUGUUGGGUCGGAUCCACGGCCUAGAAGAGCAGCUGGCGAGUGCUAAUUUGAAUGAGCAAGCGGGAAGUGGUAUAUUGCCGAGACAGGAAAGCUCAGAUGCCACAAGCGGUCAGUUUGUAAAGUCGAAGUUUUACGGUCAGAGUCAUUGGAUCAACGCUAUAGACCCUUACGAUGCUCUUGGUGCUGCGAAUACUCAAAUCAACGAAAACACAAAUAGGAAAGAGGUGAACAAGUCGACCGAACUGUAUGCUACCGUCUCAGAAGUGAAACGAAUGGCUCGCAUCAUCAAGGCCUCGCGCAUGUCACAGCCUUCAAUAUCACCAGAAUUGCAGGCAUGCAUUCCACCCAGGGAGAUCAGCGAUGCGCUUGUUCACUGUUACCUGCGCACAUUCGAGGGCGUCUUUCGUGUCUUGCACGUUCCUUCGUUCAAGAAGAUAUACGACGCCUAUUGGCUAGGCACUAUGCCUGCAAAGCCUUCCAUCGUUCAUAAGUUUCUACUGGUAUGUGCAAUUGGCGUACCAUUCUACACUGGACCAGAGCAAGCCAAGCUCCGCGUCUCGGCCGUGAAAUGGAUCCAGGCUGCAGCAGAGUGGCAAAGUGCUCCUCAUGCGAAGUCGCGUCUCAACAUGAUAGGAUUGCAAAUACAGAUUCUGAUUCUAAUCGCACGCCAAGUUUGUAAUGUCGAUGGCGACCACAUCUGGAUACCUGCAGGCACGCUGUUACGAACGGCCAUGCAUCUUGGUUUGCAUCGCGAUCCAUCUCAUUUCCUCAAAAUCAGCGUCUAUCAUGGUGAGAUGCGACGCAGGCUUUGGGCAACCGUCUUGGAGAUUACUGCGCAAAGUAGCCUGGAUAUGGGCAUGCCACCCAUGGUUUCUAUCAACGACUACGAUACUAAGCCGCCGUCUAACAUCAACGAUGAAGACAUGGGUGAAGGCAUUGAGGCGCCUUUGGAUGCGAAACCAGAAACUGUUUUCACCGACAGUAGCAUCCAAAUUGGUUUUACACGGACCCUUCCUGUAAGGUUAGAGAUCAUCAAGCUGAUCAACAAUCUACGCUUUGAUCUAUCGUACGAUGACGUACUGCGCGUCGGCAGCGAGCUAACCAGCGCCUGUCGCAAGGGGAUGAUAUUCUUCAAAACCGCAUUAGCUGCGGGACACAACAUCACGCCUUUCCAGAUAAAAAUGUACGACACCCUAGUCCGACGCUUCGUCCUCUGUCUUCACCGCCCAUACUUCUCAAAAGCAUUCAGAAACCCACGCUAUCAUUACUCAAGAAAGAUAUGUUUGGACACCUCGUUAGCAAUCUACGCGCCGGCGACGGACAACGCGCCUGAUGAAGAAGACGAUUGGACACGUAUGACACAUCGAUGUGUCGGCUUCUUUAAGUCAUUCUUCCUCUACGGCAUGUCAACCGUAUAUUACGAGCUUACUUCGCAAAUCAAUGAGAGACUGGAAGAUGCAGCGCUCUUUGCUCCUAUGGUUUCCGCACGAACACCAACAUCUUCCACCACAGGGUUGUCAUCAUUACCGGCACAGUAUCAGCCUCUACGUGAAGUCCUAGAAUCAUCACGCUGCUUAGCAAUAGCCCGGAUCCAUAAUGGCGAAACGAACGCAAAGGGUGUCGUUUUCAUAAAUUGUGCCCUAGCACGCAUCGACGCUUUAAUAUCUGGCAACGACCCCGACGCAGCUGUCCUUGAAGCAGCAAAAACUUCUACCAGCGAAACGAGUCGGAUACUGGCUGAAGUAUAUCGAGAAGAGCACGGCGAAGAAAUUGAUCUAGGUCUUUCGAGCGGAUGUUUCAAUGGAAGAGAACACGGCCGUGGCGAAGGCGCUGAUGACAUCACUGGGAAGCAUCUUCCUACUGGUACUGACGUCCAGAGAGGCUUCAGCAAUGUUGCAGACUUCCCCUCUUUCGACGGCACGAUGGAGGGAAUGAAUAUGCUGGACGCCGAUCUAGGAGAUAUGAACAUGGGUGUGGAUGUUGACAUUAAUGCCUACAUGCAAGGACAGCCUAUGGACAUAGGGAAUGGCUUCCAUUUCGGAAGAAGCCCCGAGUGGUUUUAUGAUCUUAAUGGGUGGGCUGGGACGGGCAAUUCCGGGAACCUUGGCGAUAUCUCCUUAUACAUCGCAGCAGGUCUCACCGUGCUUCCAUCCAUCAGAAUGUCACCCAUCUCGCGCAUGGCUCGUCUCCUUCUCAUCUUACAUGCGUUCGUCAACAUAGUCUUCGGCAUCUACCCCUUCAUCAACCCCGGGGAAUACGCUGCCAUGACUGGUCUAGAAGGCCCAGACAAGACCUUGCAAUCGAUUGGUCUGGGUGGAAUAGCAGUCGGCUGGUACCAACUCAUCUUCACCCUCCAAGGCAACCGUCGCAUGAUUGCUUCUACGAUCCCGAUGAGAUUAGGCUUUGCCGCAGUUAUAACAAGGAAACCACAGAGGAAGAUCGAGAGAGAACGGAAAGAGGUGAACGAGAUGGUAAUCAGGAUCUUUGAAGUUCGAAUGGGAGGUAAGAGCUACUUCAUUGUCGAUCUAUGCUAUCUAUUCGCGAAUAACCCCAAGCUGGACAUGAAGACAAUCCGUGAAUAA